UGUUGCCCUUAGUACGAAAUCUAAGAAUCAAACGAAAUGGUUCUUCAAUUCAGGUCUUUCUAUGUCCAUGUUACAGUAAAUUGAAUAUCUUGGCUCUGUUUACUUUUUGUCCCCGGCCCACCGCCCACUUUCCAUUUGAGAGAAACUUGUCCUUUUGCCUGGAAAGCAUAAUAAUAAUCACUAUCGUUUUGCCACGACAUCAUCAUCAUCAUCACCCGCCCGUCAAGAUCAAUCUCUUCUCACCAACCACUUCCUCUUCAAAUGUUUGCUCAAACGUACCAUUUUUCUGUGUUACGUGAGCUUUUCGAUCAGAUGGCUCUUGUUAUUCCAAAGGUUGACUGUUUUAAGCUCAUUUGGCUCUUCUUCGCUGUUUACUCGUUUGGAUAUCAUGAGGGCAAUCGUCGGAUUUGAUCUUCUCCCCUUCCCCUAAUUUAUGCUAAUUUUCAAGCUUUUGUAGUAGCAGCACUAGUAGUAUCAAGUUGAACAUGCAGAGUGACAAGGGCGCUUCUGAGUAUGCUGAAAUCGAUCCAACCGCUCGCUAUGGCCGUUUUGAUGAAGUAUUGGGCAAAGGUGCAAUGAAAAUUGUAUACAAAGCCAUUGAUGAAGUCUUUGGAAUGGAAGUGGCAUGGAACCAGGUAAAACUAAACGAUCUUCUGCACUCACCAGAUGACUUGCAGCGUCUGUAUUCCGAGGUUCAUCUACUCAGCACCCUUAAACACGACUCCAUAAUCAAAUUUCACACAUCUUGGAUCGAUGUGGAACGACGCACUUUCAACUUCAUUACCGAAAUGUUUGCUUCAGGCUCCCUUCGAGAGUAUAGGAAGAAGUAUAAGCAUCUAGACAUUCGCGCCAUCAAGAUUUGGGCUCGUCAAAUACUCUCGGGCCUUGUUUAUUUGCAUGAACACGAUCCUCCUGUCAUCCAUCGAGACCUUAAGUGUGAUAACAUCUUCGUGAAUGGUCAUCUUGGACAAGUCAAGAUUGGUGACCUUGGCCUUGCAGCCAUCCUCCAUAACUCUCGCACCGCCCAUAGUGUCAUAGGCACGCCAGAGUUCAUGGCACCAGAACUUUACGAUGAGAACUACAAUGAAUUGGUUGAUGUCUACUCAUUUGGAAUGUGUUUAUUAGAGUUGUUCACAUGUGAAUACCCAUACAGUGAAUGUACAAAUCCAGCGCAGAUCUACAAGAAAGUGACGUCGGGUAAAUUGCCAAGAGCCUUUUACAAAAUUGAGAAUGUGGAAGUGCUUCAGUUUAUAAGGAAAUGCUUAGAACCUGCCUCGAAGAGAAAAUCAGCAAAAGAGCUUUUGCGUGAUCCUUUUAUUGCUUUUCAGGAAGCUGAAUUACUACCUUUAACAAAGAUUGGGUAUCAGAAGCCAAUCCUUAAUGAAGAGAUAGGAUUUGAGAAGCUGCAACUUGCUGAGAGCAAACCAAGGACAGACAUGACUAUAACUGGAAAGCUAAAUGCUGAAGAUGACUCAAUAUUCCUCAAGGUGCAAAUUACUGAGGAGAAAGGAUCUACUGGACAUGUGUACUUUCCCUUUGACAUUCUACAUGACACAGCAUUGGAUGUUGGUAUAGAAAUGGUAAAAGAGUUGGAGAUAUCUGACUGGGAGCCCCACGAGAUCGCCAACAUGAUUGAUGAAACUAUAUCUGGCCUUUUACCUCACUGGAAAAGAGUGGAACAAGCUCAAUUACCAGACCACCAUCACAACUUUAGUUAUCAAGAAGAGUAUGAUGGAGGGCAUCACAGUCCUUCCUCUUUCUCCUCAUGUUCAUCAUCAGAUGUGUUUCUUUCACCUUUGACUGUUUCUAGUGGAAUGAUGGAGAACAGGACUUACAAUUGUGAUUGGCUUUCAGGCAAUCUUUCAGAUGAGAGCAGCUUGCAUGGUUCAAUUCACUCAGGAAAAUAUUCCAACUUGGGAUACCAUUUCGAUGAUGGGCAUGAAAUUUCAACGACUCCCAAGUCUACAAGAUUUUGCCCUGAAGAAAAUCCAUACCCAAGUUCACAUAGUAAAGGGCCAAUGACUUCUAAAGAGAAACUUGUGAUGGACAAUUCUAGAUUGAUGAGGAAUAGGUCUCUAGUGGAUAUACGUAGCCAGUUGCUCCAUCGAUCCUUAGUUGAAGAGAUAACUAAGAGACGGUCCUUUAAGACAGCAAGUGCGGUUGAAGAUGUUGGAUUUCAGGCACCUUUUCAAGUUUCUGGAAAGGGUUUUCGACAGGUGGGAGGUUCUUCUAGAAUGCUCGGACCUGCAGGUAAAAGAUUGUCAACAGUAGGAGCGGUUGAAGACAUUGGUUUUCAGGCACCCUUUGGCAUUUACAACAAAGGGUCACGGCGAAUUGGAGGGAAGAGACCCUAAAACUCCCCCUUAGCUAGCUAGUUGCGCCAUGAACAACUAACUAUAAAGAGGUCCAGGAAAGAUUCAAGUGAGUUCAACUAAAAUGAUUCUCUUUUUUCUUUGAUAUAUAUAUACAUAUUUAAUUAAGAUGUUAGAACCAAGCAAAUCAAUGAACCAAAUAAUGUAAGAUACAAGUUGAACAUGUAAAAAUGUGUGUAUGUAAUAUAAAAUAUAUAUGGAACUCAUUGAAGUGUAAACUCAUGCCUUGUGUGAACUAUUCCUAAAAGUUAUAUCAAAUAAGACUUAUUUUUCUUGGUUCUAA